AUGGGGUGUGAGGCAGUGACCCUGUGUGUUGUUGCAGGCAUUACCUGGGGGGCAUGCUGCUUGACCUCCCCUGCAGGGUCGCCUUGCUGCCCUGGAACCUCCCGGCACACUUCUCACACUUCCCAGAACAGCAUCUCAUCCACUGCCCCUCAAGAGGUUGUUGAGUCACUCUUCACGUCCUCCCUGAAGGAAGCCGGCGGCCUGAAGCACCGCGGGCAGGUCACCACCACCAGCCUGCAGGCCAGGGACCACAAACACCUCUGGAUGGGACUCUGGAAUGGCAGGCUUCACUGUGGCUUCACUAAGAUCAACCGCACGUGCAAGACAUGCCAGGCUCUGAUGUCCAGUGUGGAGGAGAUCGGAAUUCUAUCAUGA